AUGUCGGACUCCACCACCAUCUACCUCCUCCGCCACGGCGACCGCUUCGACUACUCCAUCGGCAAGGACGCCUGGGUCGCUCGCUGCCGCACCAGCGCCUCGCUCGCGCCCAGCGAUCCUCCGCUCUCGGCGGGCGGACACGCGCAGGCACGCGAGGUGGCCGCCCACCUCGCCAGCGUGGGAAGGAUCGACAUGAUCAUCGUAUCGCCGUACCUGCGCACACUGCAGACCGCCCAGCCGCUCGCCCACGCCACCGGCUUGCCUCUCUGCGUGGACUUUGCUGUCGCCGAGUCGCACCAGCGGCCGGCGGCACUGCCUCCUCUCGACACGCGGCUGCCGUACUUUCCCGAGAUUGAUACCUCCUACUCCCCUCUGAUGGCCUCGGUGGCGGUGGACGGCACCGGAGUGGAGCCGCGGAUCGAGCACCUGCGCCGGCUCCUCUUCCUCUCACAGGCCUUGCAGCGGCCGCCCUUCCGCGGCAAGACGGUGGUGGUGGUGACGCACGCCGCGAGUGUGGCGCUGAUCGCUGCGCUGCGAGGCUCGGACCUGCUCGGCGCGGGACAGCUCGCGGCGCGCGACGCACGCCUCGGGAGGGACUGCGCGGAGGCAGAGGGCGACGCGGCUGCGUGCGGGGUCGCAAAGCUGGUCGUUGGCGCCCACGGGAGGGCGGACGUCGUCGAGAGAGGCGACGACGCCUCCUCCUACCUCCGCGGCCCCGCGGGGCUGACCGGCGCGUGGGGGUUUGCCAACUCUGCUCAGCCGCUCGAGACCUCCGAGCGGCUGUGGCGCGAGGCGCAGAGGCUCGGCCCGGCGGACCCGGCAGCGGUGCCGCCCCACACGCCGGCCGUCGGGUGGCGAAGCAACAGUGGCGAUGCCGUCGAGUACGAGCCCGAGAGUGAGCCGCACACUGCCGACCCAAUUUAUUUUACAUCACAGUAA